AGGAUCAACGUUAGUAGGCAGUUAGACGCAUCAGAAGAAAAAGAUUUAUCUAGCUUGUUAUCAUGGAAAAUCUGAAUGUGUCGGAUGAUGCAAAGACUCCUGGACCGGGUGCCUCUGAAGGUAUUUUAACGCAGAUAACAACGAUUUAUGACUACCAGGGAAGUACAGAAUCAAGUACUUUAGGAAAUGGAAUGGAGAUUCCUCAUUUGGAGCUUGGGCCGUGGUCUACCGGCCCAUUUAUCUGGUCCAGGUAUCUCAUUUUUCAAACGGUCACCGCAGUUAUCGGCAUCAUAGGCAACGGACUUGUCAUGUUGGUGCUUUUCCAAAGAAGGGCGAAGCGACGUUCGACCGAUACCUUGGUCGGUGGACUUGCCACAGCCGAUUUUCUUACAUCCAUCUUCAUCCUCCCUGUCCCAAAGGCGGCUACAGUUCCUCUGAACUGGCUGGGUAAACUUUAUUGCAUGAUACAAGAAACGAAAAUCACCAAAGAUAUCUGUGUCACGGCAUCAAUCUAUCUCCUAGUCGCCAUAUCAUUUGAGCGUUACAUCGCCAUCGGUCAUCCUAUCUAUUUCAACCGUUUCCUGACACGUGGACGCGUGGCUGCAUCCGUAGCCAUCAUCUGGUUCUGCGCCAUCCUUACCUCUGUGCCUCGCGUCUUUACCAUCACUGUCCGCAGCGUGGACAACCGCGGCACGUUGGGGGUCUGCUUUUACAAGCCUGUCGGCCGAACAAACCAGAUCACCCUCUCCUUGUACCUCUUCUGUCUCCGUAUUUUUAUCCCAACGGUGACGAUGUUGGUGACACAGAGCCUCAUAGCCAAGCAUCUCUAUCGACAAGGCCGCAGGUUUCGUGGGAAAAAGGAUACAUCCUUCCACGAUGUUGCCCGGCGGCGUGUUCUCAAGCUGAUGCUGAUCGUCAUCAUCACCUACAUCAUCUGUUGGGGUCCAUCUCAAGUUGCCGUCUUUCUCUUCAUCUUCGGAAUCCUCCCACCAAGCUUCAGGCAGAGUCCAGUAUGGAUCAUCAUCUUUAUGCUCUCAUUCUUCAACUCCUGCGCCAACCCGAUCAUCUACGCCAUCAGGUUCAAAGAGUUCCGAGAAGCAGUGUGGGCUUUGUUCAGUAGGCAGAGGCGACCCCUGACCGCCAUCUUCGAGCAGGAAAAGAGAAACAACAACAGUGAUAAGCCAACCCGCCUGACCGAUGUGAAGACUGAUGGAUUAAACAACACGACGAAUCCGGCCCAGUCAACAAAUAGUGCUGGCAUCGGAGGUGCGCGUAACAACACCAACAUCCGUGAACACCUUGGGGUGAAAUGAAAGUACUGCUACUUAGGGCUCGUUUCCUAUCCAGAAAUGGAACUGGAUGGUAUUAAAUCCACUUGAUUUAUAGACCCUAGUUGCACGUCCUUUGUUAAGGGGGGGGGGGUCAAGAAUAGCUUCGGGUAUUGGGGCAUAAGAGGGUGUAAAAAUGAAAGGGGUUGUCAAAUCGCUCUCUUUUGAAUAAGAAUAAUAUUAUGCAAUUUUUCUUUAUGAUGAAAUUUGCCAAUAUCUUUAUAACUGUGAAAUUUGGUCUUUUUAAACGUAUGGUAGAAUAUACAGUGGAUUAAAUUAGUUUUUUUGGGGGGAGCGGUAACCUCAGCCUCUCAAAAAUAAAUUUCAGUUACUUUUUAUGAGAUGGAGCGUAGAAACUGAGCGAAAAAAAAACAUAUUGCCGGUUUCAAAACUCAAACUUUAAACCUAUGAUUCUGUAUACAAAUUGGGUUAAGCAGGGAGGGGGCUGUAGUGUCGACCUCCCCAAAUGGAUGUUUGUUUUGUUAUGCGAGGGAGCAUUAUAGAGACCGAGCUAGGAUUUUUUUCAUUGCAAUCUGUGAAAAAGCAGUGAAUGGAAUCUGUACCAUUGCCCUCUAAUAAGAGAGACUUGCAUCAAUAAUGAUAACAAUAAUAAUGAUAAUAGGAAUAAGAAAAAAAAAUUAUGCAAUUAUUCUUUAUGCGAGGGGGUGUAGCGACGUACCAAGCAAGACAGUUUUGCCAAUUUCAAUCGAGUGUAGCGGUUUUGGCUAGAAGACGAUUUUAGAAGCAAAAUUGAAUACUCAAAACAAACAUGAAAAUUUGUGUUUAGGACUUGUAAUCCAGUUUCAAACAAAAAAGCACUUUAGUGAUUAAAAUAUGUGGAUAAAGACUCUUUGGAUAAUUAAUUUCUCACCUUUCUGUCCAACAUAAUGUCAAUUUAUUCUUUAAGUGUCCACAACAGGAAGUAUAUCCGAAUAUUCCAUGUUAUUGGCAAGAUUCCAUGGUACAAUGUUUUUACGAUCGCUCAUUCGUAAACUUCUUCUGCUGGAGUUUGAAUGCCGUUUUUUUUUUAAUGAAUAUUCAUACAUGCAUAUUAGGUAUGUGCAUCUUUGACCAAUCUGAGCACAGCGCGAUGCGCGUAACACAGGUCACGCUAUCUGUUCCCAUGAACUAGAAUAGCGUGCUGACCUUGAUGAAUUUGUAUUUGUGUGUAAACCAUAGAGAUGUAUACAUCUCUAUGUUCCAGCCAGAUUUUUCAAAUACUGAAAUUAGCGAUGAAAAUCGGCUCCUACUGCGCAAGCGCAGUAGCAGAAAUAUGGCCAAUAUUGCCCUCUGUUUUGUACAGGAUUCCUAUGGGCAAAGCCGGGGGGCGAAAUUAUUUUUCCCACCGAGUUCUGGACCGACAUAUAUGAAUAUUCAUGACUUGCGUCUUCGGAUUGAGAGUACGCAUGCGCGUGGACUUGGUCUCGACCACUGCCGAUCGUAAGCAUUCACGUUGCUCAGAAUGAAUUAGCAUCGUCAAAUUACCGGUACCCUUACAUAGUUACAUAGGCCUUAUAGGCUUAGAUCUAUAUAUACAUCCAAUUCUUAAACACUUAUCAAACUAG